AUGCCUUUACCGCCCGCCAUGACUCUAUGUGACAUCUGUGGUUCAAUCGCGUUCGGAAACCUCCCUCCGUUUCCGACAAACGAGUACCAACUUACGCUAAGUGGUCUACAGCAUGUGCAUAUGCUUGUUGUCAAACGAGGGACGUCAAAGGAGGCUAUCGUGGCUCUCUCGCGCGUUAGGCACCACGCGAGCCUGGCGAGUCUCCGGACAGCUGCCGACAACGGAUGCGAGCUCUGUGCGCUGAUCCUCGCGCAGGCAGAUGCAUUGCUGACCGAGUUGGAAACUCUGCAAAAUGGGCAACGCUCUGAAGAUCAUUUGCCCACUUUUGACAUGUGGCUAUCGCAGCGCGAGGAGGGAGGGCAGGGCUUCUGCGUCUGGUCCAACAGCGUCGAUCACGCGGAUGGCGCGAGAAUCGUCCCAGUCGCAGCAUUCGCUUUUGUCGUAAGCGAUGGCGACUAUCCUUCUACUUUAAUUCGCGGCCGCCCAGUAACUCGGGAUUUUAAUGCCGACGCCGUUAGACGCUUCGUAAACUGGAACACCGAUGAGUAUUAUGGUCUUUUAUUCCAGCGGCCAACAAGUGCCUUGCUGCGAAUCCCUUAUGGUGCGGACGAGGACGGUCCCAGAACAGUGUCCGUCGCCGCCUUGCCUCUGAACAAAGAGAUUGUUAGAGAGGAGUACAUUGAAAUGAGAAAGCAGCCCAUAUCCCAAGACGUCUGGCAUUUUCAAGAUCGCGUGCUGUCUCGCAGAACUUUGCACUUUGCGACCGACCAGAUGUACUAUGAGUGCCUGCACCACUUUGCCUCGGAAGAUGGCCUACUCCAGCGCCUGCGAUAUCAUACUCCUGUCGAGAGACUGCCCGAGGGGACGGAGCAUUUCAGGAGGCGAUGCCUCGAUGAGGAUCCGCGCUCGCGCUGGUGUGCCCUAGUGUGGGACUAUGGGCAGUGCUCGUCCAACGGCCGCGCAGACAAACUCAAGGCGCUGUCCAACGUCGCGCGGGCUUUUCAGCGCCUCGAGAAUGAUGUCUAUAUCGCGGGACACUGGACAAAGUCCCUUCCAGAGUCUCUAUUCUGGCGGUCACUGUCAUGCAAGCCCUCCGGCGAGCGGAAUGCUCCCUCGUGGUCCUGGGCAUCUGUUGACGGGGUCCCGGCCAUGGGGCUCGGGUACAGCAGAGCCCACGAGUAUCCCGCCAAGAUCAUAGACGUCCGCGCCACGCUGGCGGAUAGCAGAAAUGCGUUUGGCAGCGUGAUGACGGCCGAAAUCGAGCUCGAGGCUCCGCUGGUGCCGUUGAAGCUGCUCGACAAGCCAGAAGCCGACGACUCGGGCCACAUGUUCGUCGUCGCCGAGGACAGCGAUGAUAGAGGCUUCUAUGCUGGAUUCGACACCAUCGACAGGAACUAUGCGCAGUCGGCAGGUGCUGUGCGUGGAAUGCAGCUUUUUGCGCUGAUUUUGGUGUUGACGCGCGCGGAGGGCCGCCCGGCCGGCGCUUGUGGCCCUGUGAGUAGCAUCGGCGCUCUGAUUGUAACUCCCGCAGAUGACUCUGGAGACAAGAUGAUGCGUCUUGGGUCUUUUUCAGCGGCCGAACCGCGGCUCCCGUAUGCUAGGCUUGGCUUACACAAAACUAUCAUCUUAGUUUAG